AUGACGACGAAGGCAGGCUAUUUUGACUGGGGCGUGUGCAUGUCCACCCCCGCAACGAUGCAAGCGGCGACGACGCACUUCUCCGAAAGCGGCUACGUCAUCUUCACCUCCUUCUGCACCGGCGCGGAGACGUCCUCCCUGCGCGCUCAAGCCAACAAACUAAUUGGCGACUUCCACAACGCCAGGCCAACGUCCUCGCCGGCCUCUGUCUUCACCACGGAGGAGCAAACGCGGAAGAUGGAUGCCGGGUACUUUCUGCGGUCUGCGUCGAGGAUAUCCUGCUUCCUGGAGGAGAAGCAGGCGGGCGACGACGCGUCGCCGGCCAUCAACAAGAUCGGGCACGCGCUGCACGACCUGGACGCGGUGUUCGGGCCGUUCUCACGGCAGGAGAAGGUGCGCGCGGUGGCGGCGGCGUUGGGCGUGGCGCCGGCCGUGCUGGUGCAGAGCAUGUACAUCCUGAAGGGGGCGCGCGUCGGGGGAAAGGUGACGGCGCACCGCGACGCGACGUUCGUGCGGGCGAGCGAGGGCGUAUGCUUGGGUUACUGGUGGGCGCUGCAGGACGCGGAUGAGGAGAACGCGUGCCUGUGGGCAGUGCCAGGGAGCCAUAGGGAUGGCAGGGAGAUGAAGAGGUUUGUCAGGGGGGAGCAGGGCAUGGUGUUCGAGGGGCAGGAGGAUGCGGAUGCGUAUCCGGAAGAUAGGUAUAUGGCGUUGCCGAUGCGGGAGGGCGAUUUGGUUAUGCUGGAUGGGCGUGUCGUGCAUAAGAGCAAAGAGAAUAGGAGUGACAAAAGUCGGCAUGCGUAUUCGAUACAUGUGGUUGCCGGAGGACUGGAGGAGAGAGGGUGGUUGAGGAGGGAGGAGGGAUUUCCUUUUAGGGAGCUUUAG